AUGUCUGCUCCAGUGGUUCAGGGCCUCUCCUCUUUGGGCUCUCAGGCGGGACAAUAUGCCAGGCGACAGGCCAACGCAUGGAGGGACAGACUCUUGACUACAGACAAAUCUCGCCGCCGGGCACAGAUUGUUCAGACCUCGUUCGCUGUCCACCGACCCGUCUGGAUCUCCGCGGGCGGUGCAGCAUACACGACAGCAGCGGCAGCACUGCUGACUCUACGAUACAUGAAACGGUUACGAUGA